CAGCGGCUGGCCACCAUGCCGCGCUCAUUCCUGGUCAAGAGCAAGAAGGCGCACAGCUACCACCAGCCGCGUUCUCCGGGGCCGGACUACUCCCUGCGCCUGGAGCCGGUGCCUGUGCGGGGCAGAGCAGACGGCGGUGCUGUGAGUGCAGGCGAGUCGAAGAUGGAGCCCGGAGAGCGUUUGUCCCCCGACUCUCAGCUUACCGAAGCUCCCGACAGAGCCUCCGCAUCCCCCAACAGCUGCGAAGGCAGCGUUUGUGACCCGAGUUCCGAGUUCGAGGACUUCUGGAGGCCUCCUUCUCCCUCCGUGUCUCCAGCGUCGGAGAAGUCGCUGUGCCGCUCUUUGGAGGAAGCCCAGCCCUACACGCUGCCUCUCAAGCCCUAUGCGUGGAGCGGCCUCGCGGGGUCCGACUUGCGGCACCUGGUGCAGAACUACCGGCAGUGCAGCGCGCUGGAGCGCAGCGCCGGCCUGAGCCUCUUUUGCGAGCGCGGCGCCGAGCCUGGCCGCCCAGCCACGCGCUACGUCCCCGAGCAGGCUGCGGGCGCAGCGGGUGCGGGACAGCCCGGGAGCUGCGGCGCCACCGGAGGCGCCACCAGCGCUGCGGGCCUCGGGCUCUACGGCGACUUCGCGCCCGCGGCGGCCGGGCUGUACGAGCGGCCGAGCGCAGCAGCAGGCCGGCUGUACCAAGAUCGCAGCCAGGAGCUGCACGGCGACAAGAGCGUGGGCGUCAAGGUGGAGUCGGAGCUGCUGUGCACCCGCCUGCUGCUGGGCGGAGGCUCCUACAAAUGCAUCAAAUGCAGCAAGGUGUUCUCCACCCCACACGGGCUGGAGGUGCACGUGCGCCGGUCCCACAGCGGCACGAGACCCUUUGCAUGCGAGAUGUGCGGCAAGACCUUCGGGCACGCGGUGAGCCUGGAGCAGCACAAGGCGGUGCACUCGCAGGAACGCAGCUUUGACUGUAAGAUCUGUGGCAAGAGCUUCAAGAGGUCAUCCACGCUGUCCACACAUCUGCUCAUUCACUCGGACACUCGGCCCUACCCAUGUCAGUACUGUGGCAAGAGGUUCCACCAGAAGUCAGAUAUGAAGAAACACACCUUCAUCCACACAGGUGAGAAGCCCCACAAAUGCCAGGUGUGUGGCAAAGCCUUCAGCCAGAGCUCCAACCUCAUCACUCAUAGCAGAAAGCACACAGGUUUCAAGCCCUUUGGCUGUGACCUGUGUGGGAAAGGGUUCCAGAGGAAGGUGGAUCUCAGGAGGCACCGAGAGACUCAGCAUGGACUCAAAUGAGUGCUCUGGCUGUCUGCAACACCAGCUGUGUAACACUACUGGGAGGGAUGUCUUCCCUGUCUCCCUCCAGCCCCUGCUCAGACCCCGAGUCCCGUGUGCAAAGCUCAUCAUGGUGGUAAUUCCCCUUCACCUUCCUUCCCGGAGCUUCUGGAGGAGAUGAACUCCUGUUUCUAAGGUCAACCCAGAAUGGGAACCGCAGCAGUCAUCUGUGCUUUGGGCUUCCCUACAGCUGAAGAUGGGGAUCAAAUGAGAUCUUGCACCUCCCAGUUCUUCCCUUUUCUGCUGUCUCACUGGGCAGCUGCUAAAAGAGGAGGCAUCACCUCUUAAGCUUUGAACCCCACAGAUGCUUUUAUUAAGAAAGAAUGAAUUUUCUCUUCUGCAGAGACUGCUGACCCCUUUGUCCUCCACCAGACUCCGAUUUAGGGAAGGCACCUCGUUCCUUUGAGAUCAUCAGAUGCACCAUCAAACCUGCCAUGAGAAGAGUUGGGGGUGGGAAGCAGAUUGGGCGAUGAGAGGGAGUCAAAGGUCCUGUAGUGCCACCAGAGGAGGUGAAACUGCGAAGCAGCUUCCAGGAACAGGGUCUUCAUUUACUCAAUGUGUGAUCAUUGGCCACAGGUUAUCAGAGUAAGGAACUGUGCUAGGUAUGGCAGAGAUUAAAGUCAUAGCCCCUGACCCCCAAAAGCUAUCAGUUGGACCUCAGCAUAGCUAGAGCCUGUGUUCUGCACCUCCAAGGGGGUUCUGAAGAAGACCACACAAACAUUUGGACUUCUUUUUGACAGUUCUGGAGUUUUUCAAGUAUAAACAAAUAGGAACUGGAGGAUUAUUUUAAAAAUUCAUGAGCGAAUCCAGUUUUUAUUGUUAGAUGGAAUUUUAUAAGAUGGCUGUGCUGGUAGAUGUGGGACAAAGGCUAUGGCCUCAACUCUCGUCCCUUAUCAUCUAGGAAAAACGUAUUUUUCCUGUGAGAGUUGUAAAUGUUCCUAAAUCUUCUUGAGUGCAUUAUGUAUUAGCAUAAUCAUAUUUAUUAGAAUGUUGUUUUAACUUAAUAAAGUAUUAAGAUUA